ACGGCGCCCCGGCACGGCCAUGCCGGGCCGCCUGCUGCGGGCCCUGGGGCAGCGAUGGCGCCGCUACAGGUACCGCUUCGUGCCCUGGAUCGCGCUGAACCUAAGCCACAACCCGAGGACCCUCCGAUAUGUUCCAGAGGAAUCCAAAGACAAAGUUAUCUCAGAUGAAGAUGUCCUAGGAACAUUACUGAAAGUUUUCCAGGCUCUAUUCAUAAAUGAUUUUGAUAAGCAAUCAGAUAUCUUGACUGUGCUUCCAGAACCUGUUAAAUCAAAAUAUCAAGACCUACUGUCAGUUCAGCAUCCAAGGGUGAAACAGCUUGAAUACAGACAUCAACAACAAAAUACCUUUACACCAGAAGAAAUUCUUUAUAAAACAUUGGGUUUCACUGUUGCCCGAGCACCUAGCUCAUUGAUUUCUGCUGGAAGAGGUGUCUUCGUUACUAAAGGAUUGGUACCAAAAGGCGCGGUCGUAUCUAUGUAUCCCGGUACAGUGUAUCAGAAGUACGAGCCAAUCUUUUUCCAGUCCAUUGGAAAUCCAUUUAUUUUUAGAUGCCUAGAUGGGAUACUCAUAGAUGGAAAUGACAAAGGAAUAUCAAAAGUCGUGUAUAGAUCUUGCAAUGGGCGGGAUCGACUUGGCCCUUUAAAAAUGAGUGAUAGUACAUGGCUAACGUCAGAAAUUCAUAACCCACUGGCUGUAGGACAGUAUGUCAACAAUUGUUCAAAUGACAGAGCAGCUAAUGUCUGUUAUCAGGAAUUUGAUGUGCCUGCAGUGUUCCCUAUAGAACUGAAGCAAUAUCUUCCAAACAUUGCCUACAGCUAUGACAAACAAAGUCCACUUCGAUGUGUCAUUCUUGUCGCACUCAGGGACAUCAAACAAGGAGAAGAGCUUUUCUCAAACUACUAUACAAUUGUCAGCUGACUCUAUGAAAUUAGGUUUUCUACUCAGCUAUUAACUCUAAAAUGUUUUUUGUUUCUCUGAGUUCCACCUGCAGAACAAAUAUUUUAAAACCUAAACAGAGUGGGAAUUUUUGGUUUUUAUUGAUAUUUGUGUUUCAAUUCCAUCAUAAGCUGUUUGUUUCCUUAUAAUUUCAAAUUUGUACUACAAUUCCAGUGUUAAUUGGUUUUAACUUAAGUACACUGUAGCUUCAUAAUUAAAACCUACUGUCUGAACUUAUAAUUUCAGCAUUUAUUUUUAUAUCUCUGUGGUCGUUUAUCAAAUUUUAGCCAAUUUGUACAAAAGUACAAGCAAUUCUUAUGCUGUUGAUGUGUACUAACUUCCAUAAAAACUUAAUUUUUCUGCAAUAUAC